CUGCCGCUGCGAGACGUACCUACUUAGGCAGUCCACUACCGUCGAGGCCGCCAUGUAUAGCGCGACAUAGCUGUGACUGUUCUGGAGGGCGGAAGCCACGUUUCGUGCGCCACAGAUGACGUCGACCCCUGCCUACUAAGUAUCCAAGUGACUGACUAUACCAUCCGAUAUGCAGCUGGCCAUAUGCCCGACAGUCUAGCAGCUCGACGUGCCUUUCUUUGUUCUACACGAUAGCUGAGCUGGUGAUCAAUUACAGAUACCUGAUACCCCUACGCCCUCGGCCUUUUCCCUCCUAUUUCACCAGAGACCGUGUUCCUAAGACCAGAACUUCUCACUGUCCAAUAUGGCGUCCGGACCACCGCCGAACUACUAUGCUAUCCUUGAGGUACAAGAGUCCGCAAACACUCAGCAGAUCAGAGAUGCCUACAAACGGGCCGCCCUCAAGACCCACCCGGACCGUGUCCCAGCCGAUUCGCCCGAGCGGCCCACGCGCACCCGCAAGUUCCAGCUCGUGAACGAUGCCUACUACACCCUCUCCGACCCCACAAGGCGCAGGGAAUACGACAGCCAGCGCAAGUUCUUCGGCGGCGGCGCGUCAACCUCCGCCGGCGCCGACCCCUUCGCCGAGCCUGGCAAUGCCAGCGACACAGGCGCCGGCGCCGGCGCCGGCCAGUCCGCCUACAGCUGGGCAUGGAACUUCUUUACCCAGCAGGCUGGGAACCAGCAGCAGCAGCAACAGGCGGGCCGCGCGCAGCAGGAGGCCGAGAACGCGCAGUUUGGCGAUGUCUUUGAGGAGAUGCUGCGCGAGCAGGGCAUGGCCGAGCCCAACGGGACCGCCAACAACCGAUUCUGGGGCCUGUUGGGCGGUGCGAGUGGCGGUGCCCUCGGUUUCAUCGUCGCCAACGUGCCGGGUCUCCUGGCGGGUGCGGUGGCUGGAAACAGGCUGGGCGCGAUUCGCGACACACAAGGCAAGAGUGUCUACGCUGUCUUCCAGGAGCUCCCACAGGGUGAUAGGGCAAGGCUGCUCAGCCAGCUGGCUGCUAGGGUGUUCAGCCACGCCGUUGGGGUCUGAGGCGGCGUGAAUGGCCCCGGACGGCGGCAUACCUUUGGGAUAUUGAAAGCACGGCGUUAGGGAUGGAGCAUUGGAAUCGUUACCACAGAUAACAGCUAUGGGGGCCGGCCCGCAGUUUUGAGCUCGGAAGACAUAUUUACAACGAUCCCCAUGAGUCUGUCGAAACGUGCCAGAAAUAUGCCGCAACUAGGCUCUGCGGUUGAACAAUCCCGCCAGCUGAGGAGUGGUAGUGGGCAGGUAUCGAAGCCUGCCAUGUGAAGUUGGAUGGCUCAUGAAGUACGGGUUUGGCUAAAUACUCCAAGCGACCACCGGCGUGGCUCAGGCAGACGGAACAUGAUACCUGAGCAGCGAGUUCCCCAGAAGCAAAUUCACCUUCCCGCUUGACACACCGACGAAGCAGCUCAUCGUUACACUUCCCUGGCGGUCUUGAUAUUUUUGGCGUGCGCUCAGGAAUACACGAUGUUUGCACUCUAUUGAAACAUGAUGCCUUCGAGCUACUUCCCCGUGGCACCAGUAAAACGGGAUAAGGGAGACAUGUAGUGCGGGCGAGUACAAGGCGAAGAUGUACGCAUGUAGUUUGAGAACGAGUCUCAGUAUAUAGCCAAGGUGGG